AUGGCCAAAUUUGCCUACAACAACGCAGUCCAUAGUAGCACGGGAAAAACACCAUUCAAAGCCCUGUACGGAUGGGAACCUACUCUAACGCCCUCUAACGUGCCCACGGAUGUACCGGAAGCCAACAACUUAGCCCAGACCAUGGAAAAACAGUGGAGGGAGGUUGAAUCUGCCCUUUGGCAAUCUAAGUCAAGAAUGACCGCCGGAGAGGAGGGAAGCCCAAUAGAUUUUGAAUUAGGGGAAGAAGCCUGGCUAGACGCCAGGAACGUUAAUCUCAAAACCCUAAGCCCCAAACUAACAGAACAACGUCUAGGGCCAUUCAAAGUCAUCAAGGAAAUCUCCAACAGGGCUUACCAACUCAAACUACCCCCAACCAUGCAAAUCCACAACGUAUUCUACGUGGGAUUACUGUCUAAAGUUAAAAGGGACAAGAAGCGCACAUUUGAAAAUCGCCCACCACCAGUGACCGUGGAAGGGGAAGAGGAAUACAAGGUGGAAGGAAUUACCAAUGCUGAAGAAAGGGACGGGAAAUGGUUCUUCCGAGUCAAAUGGAAGGGUUACAGCUCCAAAGAAAAUACAUGGGAACCUUGA